UGAAAGGAGUGGGAAAUAACGGACGUUGCAACGUCUGCGAGAGUCGUGUCGCUACUUCCGAGGAAAUAACAUCUUAUAGGAUACCUUGUAAGUUCAGGUAGCGAAGGAGUAAUUGUAUCAAGAUGUCAAGGCCAAUUCUUAGCAGGCCGCGUACUCGCGUGUAUGGAUGCAACUAUGACAAGGGAGAGUCGUAUUAUAAACCAAUGGUCGAUCAUUUGGAUCGAAAGUACAGCUCUCGACCGCUUUUCUCUGAACCAAGAACCUCAUUGGCCGAUGAGAUUGCAGCCCGACGAAGCGACAUCGGCACGCGUGACCUCUCCGGUUCUCGCAACACUGCCCUUGGGCGUGACCUUGACCUUGAAUCAGAUCCUUCCAUUCGCGGCCCUCAGUUACCAUUACCGUUACCUUCCUUGGCCACCGACAACUUAUUCCCCGAAGACGAGGAUGUCGUCUACGACAGCCGUGGACAGCGCAGUCGACGUCGAUUCGCUGAAAAUUUUGCCAACGAUGUCGUAGCAACGACGCAACAUCUGAAAGCGAAAUUGGCCGCGAUCGGUUUGGACGACGAGGUCGAAGCCGCGCUGGGCAAAUCGCGGCGUCUACGCCAGGAACAGGAUCAGCUCGAGAGUAACCUGAGCGUGAGAAGAAAUUUGCAAAACGUUAAAUCGAUCAGCGAGGAGGCAGAGAGCACGUUCAAGAGACGUUCCAAGCUUUCCGACGAGAUCGACCGUCUGGAGGAGACUAAACCGAGUCUCACGAAAUGGUCGAAACUGAUCAACGACGACGAGGACUCGGUGUUGGCCAGUGCCGCUGCCACGAGGGCUAAGCAGACUAAAGCUCGUUUGAACGAUCUCGAGUCCGAGAUGGAAGAGCUCGCGGAGAGACAAGCGAAGAGGGAGCGCAGAGCAGCUGCCCUGAGAGCAUUGAUCAACGAGAACAUAGCCGAAUCGGAAAAUCUUCAGGAACAAUCGGCCGUGAGCAAGAAGGUUUCCAUUCGCGAACGCUCCGAGAAACACGUUGCUUUUUAAGUCGAUUCGCGUAAAUCGAUUUCCAACGAGAUUCGAUAUUUAUAACCGGAGUAUGAUAACGAAAGCUUUAUCCGAGCUUUCAUUUGUUUCACCGAAA